AGAUUAAAUGAACCACACUUCAUUCACCAGCUCCCUGCAACAGAUCAAAAGGCAAAUCCCCACAAAAGAUGUAGAGUUUGCUACAAAAAGGGCAGUCGUUUUGAGUCAAGAUACUACUGUCCGAAAUGCCCAGGCCAACCAGGACUUUGUAUUGGACGAUGUUUUGAGCAUUAA